UGUAAGUGUCUUCUUACAAGUACGGUUCACGUCUACUCCCUAUCCACACACACCUACAAUUCAAGUGUGAGAGGCUAAAGCAAAAUCAGAUAUCUACAAGGCAACAGUAAAGAACUAUAAGUCAAUGUCAACAGAAAACCAAGAGGGACAAGAGGACGAACUAUUAGCCCUUACCAGUAUUUACUCUGAAGACGAAUUUAAGAGGACAGAUGCUGCUCCAGGAGGAGAGAUUCAAUUGUGUCUGGAAUUACCUUCAGAAUUUGUAAUAUCUAUCAAAAGUAAAAGCGCAACAAACUCCUCUGCAGACAACUUAGAGGAUACUGUGUCCUUUCUGCCACCAAUUGUGCUGAACUUCGAACUUCCUGCAGGUUACCCAUCCACUACACCCCCGAAUUUCACACUAAGCUGCAAAUGGCUUUCACCGGCACAGCUGACUCUGUUAUGCCAGCAUUUAGAUGACCUCUGGGAGGAGAACUGGGGAUGUGUUGUCUUGUUUGCAUGGAUUCAGUUUCUGAAGGAGGAGACACUCGAUUACUUAAAUAUAAAAUCUCCAUAUGAGAUUGAUCUGUGUAGUGAUGGUCUACAGAGUUGUAUUCAAUCUGAAAAGACCUGCGCUGAUGGGGUCUUACUGGACAAGCGUGCCAUACAAGACGUGCAGUCAGUGCCUGCCCUGGUGAAAUACAUCUUGGACUUCAAUGAAGCUCAACAGAAGAAGGCUUUUGAUAGCAAACAAUACUUGUGCAAUAUCUGUUUUAUUGAGAAAUUGGGCAGUGAGUGCACCCACUUUAAGGAUUGCCAGCAUGUGUACUGUAAUAGUUGUCUCAAGGACUACUUUGAAAUCCAGAUUAAGGACGGACAAGUCCAUGCACUAAACUGUCCUGAACUAAAGUGCACGUCUGUUGCAACACCUGCUCAGGUAAAGGAUCUUGUAGAGGAGCCACUUUUCAGACACUAUGAUCGUCUCCUUUUAAAGUCAAGCUUGGAUUUAAUGGUUGAUGUCGUUUACUGUCCACGUCCAAGCUGUCAGACACCAGUCAUGCAGGAGCCAGAUGGUAAAAUGGGCAUUUGCUCAGUCUGCCAAUAUGCAUUUUGUGUCUAUUGCAAAAAGACUUUCCAUGGACUCUCCCCUUGCAUAGUAAAUGCAGCAAGACUUGCUGAAUUGGUUAAAGAGUAUCUGGCUGCUGACUGGAAAAAAAAGACGGAACUCAGGAAGAUAUAUGGGCAGCUCAAAAAGUCAAUUGAGGAGAUAAAGAGUAAGGAGUGGCUAGGGGAGAACUCUAAGCCCUGUCCUAGUUGUAAAGCUCCGAUUGAGAAAUUAAAUGGCUGCAACAGAAUGAACUGCAUUGAGUGUAAACAGAACUUCUGCUGGCUCUGCUUGAAGGUAUUACCCCAAGAAAACCCAUAUGAUCAUUUUGGGAAUGGAUGCAGAAUGUAAAGAUGAGUUUGUAAUAAUGGUCGACAUCUUUUUAAAGAAGAAGAUUCAUUUGUAGUUUUGCACCUGGGGUUCUUGCACUAAUAUUUCUUACCAUCACAAGAGUGUUACCUAACAGAAGAUGAAGAAGAAUUGGCAAACUAAAUCUUAUCAAGUAGACACAAUUAAUCCACCUCUUCUUAUUAUAGUUAACCUGAUUUAAUAAAAACAACAAUGAAAAGUAAAAUAAAUAAAAAAAAUAAAGAACACUGCUACUGCA